UCUUUUAGAUUUUGUAAGCCCACGAAGCUGUCCCUUCUGGAAGCGACUUAUGCCGCUUUGGGUACCAGAACCAUCCCAGGUGGCGCCCGCCGCUUGCCUCUCGCCGUCUCCAGAAGCUCCCCGCGCCUUAUCUCUCUUCUCCUCCUCUUCUUUUCUUCCCCUUCCAAACUCCCAGGUUUGCCACCCUCGGCGGAUCUCAUCGGCCUAGGUGAAGAACCCAUCCCUUCAGGACGAGACAAUUCUGAGUACUUCAAUCCAGGUUCCUUGGAGCCGAAUAAAUGGAACGGAUGGCUGAACAACCAUACACGGUAGCUUCAGAUAGUGAAACAACCGGUGACGACAAAUCACAAUCGGCAUUUCAUGAUCUUGCAAUUGGAAUCGAAGUUGGGACCUCAAAAUGUAGUAUCGCAGUAUGGAAUGGUGCACAAGUGGAACUUCUUAGAAACACCAGAAAGCAAAAGUCUAUGCGCUCAUAUGUCAUGUUCAAGGAUGAUACGUCCUCUGGAGAAGUGUCCUCUGGAGGAGCAAGCAACAAAACAGCAUAUGAGGAAAAAGAAAUAUUGUCUGGAAGUGCAAUUUUCAACAUGAAGCGCCUAAUUGGGAGAGCAGAUACAGACCCAAUUGUUCAUGCUAGCAAGAACCUCCCUUUUGUUGUACAGACUUUGGGCAUUGGCGUCAAACCAUUCAUCGCAGCUCUAGUUAACAAUGUCUGGAGGUCUACCACACCUGAGGAAGUACUUGCCAUAUUCUUGGUGGAGUUAAAAACUAUGGCAGAGGUCCAGCUCAAGCGCCUAAUUAGAAAUGUCGUUCUUACUAUCCCCGUCUCUUUUAACCGGUUUCAGCAGAUAAGGGUUGAGCGAGCCUGCGCAAUGGCUGGAUUACAUGUUCUGAGGCUGAUGCCGGAGCCAACCGCUGUGGCACUACUGUAUGCACAACAACAACAACAACAACAGCAACAAUCUUUGCAUGGAGGUAUGGGAAGUGGCUGUGAGAAAGUUGCUCUUAUAUUCAAUAUGGGUGCAGGCUACUGUGAUGUUGCUACAACUGCGACUGCAGGAGGAGUUUCCCAAAUCAAAGCAAUGCAAGGCUGCACCCUGGGUGGAGAGGAUAUACUUAGGAAUGUCUUGUAUCACCUUCUGCCAAACUUUGACAGCCUUUACUCAAACCGUGAUACGAACAAGAUAAGGUCCAUGGGACUGCUACGAAUUGCGGCACAAGAUGCUAUCCACAGGCUCUCUACCCAAUCUAGUGUUCAGAUAAAUGUGGACCUGGGUGAUGGGACAAAGAUGCAGAGAGUCCUGCAUCAGUCGGAAUUUGAGGAGGUAAACAGAAAUGUGUUUGAGAUUUGCGAGAAGCUUAUAAAGCUGUGCCUGGCUGAUUCCAAACUAGCUGCAGAAGACAUAAAUGAUGUCAUACUAGUAGGAGGAUGCUCUAGAAUUCCGAAGAUUAGAAGUUUGGUAUUGGGGUUGUGUAAGAAAGAGAAGGAAUAUGAAGGCAUGGAUGCACUCGAGGCUGCAGUUACCGGUGCAGCCCUUGAAGGAGCUGUUGCUUCUGGAAUUACCGAUCCUUCAGGAAGCUUGGAUAUGCUCACCAUACAGGCCACUCCGCUAAGCCUAGGAAUUCGAGUUCAUGGUGGAGGAUUUGUGCCAAUCAUACAGAGGAACACGGCGAUACCGGUAAGAAAGAGCACGAUCUUCACGACCACUCAGGAUGGCCAGACCGAAGCCCUGAUUGUUGUUUACGAAGGGGAUGGGAAGAUGGUGGAAGAGAACCAUCUGAUGGGCUACUUCAAAGUGACGGCGAUUCCACUGGCGCCGAAGGGGACUGCUGAGAUAAGUGUCUGCAUGGAUAUCGAUGCGGCGAACACGCUUCGAGUGUUUGCUGGUGCAAUGAUGCUGGGCACAGACCGUGCCAACUCACCUUUCUUCGAAGUGAGAAUGCCUACAUUGGAUGAUGCUCAUGGUUGGUGCGCACAGGCUCUUGUGAAGACUCAUGGCUCUGCUUUGGAUUUGACUACCAUCCCAAAGGAGUUGCAGCCGCAGAAAGUACAAUAAACUGUAUCAGCUCAUGGGAGAUCUCUGACGGGAAUAUAUUUUCGUUUGUAGCCACGUUGUGAUGAUAGCUGUAAACUGGGAGACUCUAUGAUCCCUGUGUUCAUCAAUAAGUUGCAGAUGCAGUGUGUGAUGGUGUGCAAAAGGUGUUGUAGAUUGCUGUUUGUGUCUUGAUUGACGGAUGUAGUAUCGGUAGUUCAAUUUGUUUAUAGACUCGAAAUGCCCU